CAGAAACGGGCGCGCCCGUCCCUGCGCAGAAACGCAGAAUGCUGGCCUCGUUCAUCUGCCCCAUCUCGCACGAGGUCAUGGCCGACCCGGUCGUCGCCAUGGACGGCCACUCGUACGAGCGCCGCUGCAUUGCCACGUGGCUGCUCACGCACUUGACGAGCCCCUCGACGAACGCGCCGCUGGCCUCGACGCUACUGCUGCCCAACUUUGCGCUCAAGCAAGCCAUCGACGAGUACACAGCGAGCCAUGCAGCGCCCCGCGCCCGCGAGGCGCUGCCGCAGGAUGGCUACUACAUCUACCGUCUCCUCGAGCCCAUCCACGUCUGCGCGUCGCCGCAGUUUGCCCAUCGCGCCAAGCGGCCCGACGGGUCGCCCUACAUCUUGCCCACCGGCGCGCUCGUCAUUGCAACCCGCCGCCAGUACGGCCAAGACGACGCCAUCUUUCUUCAGAUCGAAGCCGGUCGAUUCAUUUACGAGGCCCGCAGCGGCAUUGCCAUGGCGGCGCGGGUGACCCCGGUGCCCGGCCUCCGCGUCCACGACGUCCUCGCCGCCACGCCGCUCUACGAUGGCCUGGGUCCCACCGCGUCGAGGGUCGGAUCCUUGGCGUACGGAGACCUCGUCUCGACCGACUUGCACGUGCACGAUCUUCUCGGUGGCUCGUUUGCGCGGCUCGAGGGAUCGAUGCAAUGGGUCUCGACCGCCGAGCUCCUCCGCGUGUUUCCCACCCAUGACUGCAACGCCGUAGCGCUGGACGACGCCACGACUCUUGUCUCGAACCCGUCGCCGAGCGUCGGUACGCGCCUCGAGACGCUGCAGAAAGGCCACGUGAUUUGCAGUACGAUGGUGUUUUCCGCGAAUGUGCCCGACGUCUACGUCGUGCGUGCCUCGAGCGGCGACCGUGCUGGCUGGCUCACGGCUUCAAAGGCGCAGUUAUCUACGCUAGAGCACGUUGCAGUACCGCGGCUUUCGCUCAAUGUGGUCGUCGCUCGUCGCCGAUCCCGCGAGGCAUACGAAGGCGACGAAGACACGGCCGGUGCCAUGCCUCAUGCGCUCAAGAGACAAUGUGUCUGAGAUCACGAGCGAUAACUUAAUUCAAAAUGUGCAUAGCUCGAG